AAGAGUUACAUAACAAAGAUUAUAGAAGUUGAUGGUCAAGCUGUUUUGAUCACUGGCUGUGAUUCAGGAUUUGGUAAUGCAUUAGCUCGAAGAUUAGAUUCUAUGGGGUUUACAGUAUAUGCUGGUUGUUUAGAUUUAAAUAGUGAGGGCGUAGAGCGAUUAAAAGCUAGUCAUACAGGCAGACUCCAUGUCCUAGAAUUAGACGUUAGUAAUAAUGACAGUGUUCAGAAGUGUUAUGAAACUAUUUAUAAAGAUUGUUCAACUGGAGGUUUAUGGGCUCUAGUGAACAACGCUGGUAUAAAUUUUGUGGGUGAUGUGGAACUAACAACAGAAGAUAUGUAUAAACAGGUAGCUGAAGUCAAUAUGUUUGGUGUCAUUAAAAUGACCAAGAAAUUUUUACCUUUAGUGAGGAAGGCCAAAGGUAAAAUAGUCAAUACAACAUCUUCACCAUUACAUCAGUCAGCCCAGUCAGCUAUAGGUAUAACUAACUCAGCUAUUGAAGCCUUUUCUGAUACCCUCAGAUUAGAAAUGAAACAGUUUGGUGUUAAAGUCUCUAUCAUUCAACCUGGGAAUUUCUAUGGUGCUACUGGAAUGCUGGGAGAAAAAUCUGUAUCUAGAAUGAGACAAGCUUGUGAUGAUAUGUGGGAUUCAGCAACAUAUGAAGUUAAAACAUCUUACGGUGGAGAUUACGUAGAAGCCCAAUAUAAUAAAAUGUUGGCGUUAAAUAAAACAACAUGUACAACAUUAGGACCAGUUAUUGAUGCUAUGGAAGACAGUAUUAAUAAUGUUAAUCCCUCUAUAAGAUAU